CAAAGUUUACCAAGUGUAUCCAGUCUUCUUUUGUGAAAUAUUUAGCAGCCCUUUCUUGGCCUUGGUAUAUAUUCCCUCGGUGGGAACAGAUUGCUGUGAGCGCUUCCUCAGGUUACCGAGCUGCUCAGGCCUCAGGGCGAGAUGCUGUCCCUCAGGAAGAGCCGGGUGCUUGCAGGCGAGCUCUUAUUGUCCAGAUAAGUUCGGAAGUGGGAGGUGUCUGGUUGGUGAGGGGUGGGAAGGGCAGAGGAAAGGAGAUUGGGAUCUGGAGGAAGGAGCUGCUGUGAUCAAAUCUUAGGGGUGACAGCGUGGACGGGGGAGGACUCUCUGGCUGGUGGGAGGUGGCUGGCAUGAGAUGGGGGAACACUGGGGGUGACCCCAGCGCGCCCCUGACCCAAGCCCACCUAGUGAACAGCCAGACUCGGUUGUGUUUUCCAGGCUGUUUGUCCCUGUGGGGCCCCAGCAGAGUGACAGGCGUCGUGGGGGGAUCCCUGAGCGUGGAGUGUCGGUACACGGAGCAAUACAAAGACAAUAGCAAAUACUGGUGCAAAGCCCCAUGUUUGUUACCGUGGAAGACUGUGGAGACCAAAGAGCCAGAGAGAGAAGUGGUGCGGGGCCACGUGUCCAUCAGGGACCAUCCUGCAAACCUCACCUUCACAGUGACCUUGGAGAGCCUCAGAGAGGACCAAGCAGGAAAGUACGAGUGUGGGAUCACGGUCCCAUUUUCAUUUGAUCCCACCGUCCAGGUUGUGGUGUCUGUGUUGCCAGCAUCAGUGCCAACCCACCCUACUGCUGUGGCCAAGUCCUCGACAAUCACAAUCAGUAUUUCAACAAUGUCAUUCACCGCCCUGGCCAUGGCGAGUCCCACCUACAGUGCCAGCAACGAGGAGGAAGCCAUGCAGGGGUGGGGGCUGCAAGUGCUGCUGGCCUUGUUGGCACUUCUGCUGCUUCUGUUGGGGGGCAUCUCACUGCUGGCCUGGAGAAUGGUUCAGAGACAGAUCAAAUCUGGCGAGAAUCCAGAACCUCCCCAGAACCCCAGUCAGGCUGCUGAGCUGAGCGAACCCUGCUAUGAGAAUCUAGAGCUGCCGAUGUGGCCCCUUCUGGAACAGCCCGUGCGACCCACACAGGAGGAGGUGGAGUACAGCAACUUAGGGCUCCCCAGGGAAAACCUUCACUACACCUCAGUGGUAUUUGAUUCCCAAAGCCAGGAUUCUAAGACGGACGGAAUUCCCUCCCAGAAGCCCCAGACGCAGCAGCCAGUGUACAGCGUGGUUAAGAAGACAUAAGCUUGUGUCUCCAGCCUUGCCAACUGGAGGGCUGUGUGGGUCACAGGAGGCCCAGGGCUCAGCCCCCACCCACGUCUGCCUCCACCUGCUCCCCUUGAUGGUGACCGACAAGGCAGCUGGGCUCCCCAGGACUGUCCCUCUUGUGCCAUCAGCCAGGCUGGCUUCAUUGAGGAUGACCAGGAAUGGGGCUCUGGAUGGACCUGUGGGAAACCUUCCAUCCUACUGGCUCUCAAUGCAUCCUUCCUGUCUUAGCUCUGUGUGUGGACGGCAGGAGGUCAGCCCCACGUGACUCCAGGAAAAGAUGUGGCUCAUGUAGGGUGGUACCUUCGAAUAGCUUUGUAAAUCGCAGCCCCAUGGAAAUGUCUGGGAUUGCUGGCGAGUGGGGAGAACGGAUGCAGAGCCAGAAGCAUAUAAAGGCGCUGCAGGCUGGGUCCCCCUCAUCUUACAGACAAGGAGACUAAGACCCAGAGAGAAGAGAGUCUUGCCCGUGGCUCCCGAACUAGUGGCACGUUUCUCUGGACUCUUAGGUUUACUGUUAAUAUAAGAGAUAUUAAUAAAGUUUAAAGUAUCUUAAGAGAGAAGAAAAAUUUAAAAGAAAAAUCCUUUCUUUUGAAGGCUGAAUAGUAUUCCAUUUAUGUAUAUAUCACGUUAUGCUUGUCCGUUCAUCUGUCAGUAGAUACUUGGGGUGCUUCUAUGUUUUAGCUCUCGUGAAAAAUGCUGUUAUGAACAUGGUGUACGAGUAUCUCUUCGAGACCCUGCUUUCAAUUCUUUUGGAAGUGAAAUUGCUAAAUCAUAUGAUAAUCUAUUUUUAAUUUCUGAGGAACUGCAAUACUGUUAUCUGCCGCAGAUGUACCGUCUUACAUUCUCACCAACAGUGCACAAGGGUUUCCAAUUUCUCCACAUCCUUUUCAACACUUGGUUUUUAUUCCUGUUUUUGGUUUGUUUGUUUUUUUAAUA